CCUGGGGCUUGCUUGGGUUGGGUGGAAAGGGAGUGGGGGGAAAAUGGGGCGGUACGGGACGGGUUUGACCUUCUCUAGGCUUGGGUCCAAGCUUUCUUUUCUCCUCCUCUUCCUCCUCUCCCCGUCCCCUGGCGCUUGCGGCCCUCCUUUCCCAUGCAGAUCAGGUGAUCCUCGCUGGUCACCGCCCCUGCCGCGUGACGGACUCACGCCAGGCGCCCCUUCCAGAGCCGCGGGGUCGUCAUGGCUGCCAUCGGGGAGGGCUGUAGCGUGGCCCGCCUGAUGGGAUACCGAGGGAACUGGGCCCUGGCUCGCCUCCUGCCGCUCCGCGACGCGGCCGGCGGAGACGAUAUAUUUUUAAUUCAGGCUUCUACUUCUCUUGAGAAAUUAAAAGUCCUUUGUGAAGAAGAUGAAGAAAAUGUGAAUCCAUCAGUUCUUAUAAAGCUUUACACACAGGCUAUAUUGGACAUGACAUAUUAUGAAGAGAAUAAGUUGGUAGAUGAAGAUUUUCCAGAAGACACUUCUUUACCAAAAGUAAAAGAGUUAAUCACUAUUCUUUCAGAACCAGAAGUUGUAAUUAAAGAAACUAAUCUGCAUGCAAAACACUCUGAUAUGCUUGGUACAGAACUACUAGAAUGCCUUUAUUGGAGAAGAGGAGCUUUACUCUAUAUGUAUUGCCAUACUAUCACAGAAAGAGGAGAGUGGCAAUCAACAAAUACAGAUGUGCUUAAAAAGUGCCUCACUGAUGGAAUCAAUUACUUGCUACAGAUGUUUAAGUUUCGAUGCCCUCUUCAACUGAAUGAAGAUGUUUCUUUUCAAGACAUGGAUACAGCAAAAUUACUUAGUGAAGGUGUGUUCAGUGACACGCAUUUGCUGGCCAUGAUGUACAGUGGAGAAAUGUGUUAUUGGGGACUGAAGUAUUGUGUAAAUGAAGAUCCAGAAAAUUGUGACAUAGACAUUAAUGGACCUGGGACAAGCAGCACUUCACUUGAAAAAUCCUUGGAUUUUCGAGAAAUAGGAGAAAAAAUUUUAAGAAAAUAUAUAUCUAUUUGUGAAGGACCCUUGAAAGGACAGUCAUGGAAUACAACAAAUGCAAAACAAAUACUAGAUUUCUUCCAACAUUGCCAUCACUAAUCCAUUUUAAUCUGUGCUAAUUUUUUUCUUUUUUCCACAAAGAUAUUUUUUUUUCCCCCAAGGACUGUGGUAAAAAAAAAGACUUGCUUAUUUUAAAUAAUGUAAUUUUAACUCACGUUUUAUAAUUCAGUAUGGUUAUAGUUUUUAUCUGUUAAGCUAUACAUCAUUGAUUUUUAAAAGAUUUUAAACUUCUGAAAUAACAUCUUAAAUGACAAUCUGAUUAUAUAAAUGAAUUGCUGAAUAUUUCUAACUUCUAAAAGAGACUUCAGUAUACCCUGAAUUUUAAUGGGAAAGCUUCCAAAUAUCUCAAGGUUAAGAAUCUGAUAGUAACUUAUUUAGUUGUUUGAGGGUAUGGUAAGUUUUUUGUCUAUUCCUUUCCAUUCCUUUUCACCAAAGCCUACUUCUUCCAUACUUUUUGUAGUUGGGUUGAAGUUGCCACCAUCUUUCUAGAUGGGCAGGUUCAUAAUCUUAUAAGCCAUCAAUUAUUCUUCUCUCUCCCUCAUUGCUACCAAUAGAUAAGUUGAUCAGAGAGGACAAGCACUUCUGGUGUGAGGACACUUGCCAAGCUCUUUUGUAGAAUAUUUAUCUACUUUUGGUAUCUAUCACCCAACUCUCAUCUCUGACUCUAAGAAGCUGUAGCAUACUGUAUGGCCAUCUCCUACUAAAACCAUCCAGGCCAAAGGGGCCAGAUCAGGUGGAGCAUAACAAGCCCCAAACCCCUUGGCCUGUUGGUGAGUUGGGGCGAUGUCCCCCCAAGUACAGGAAGAUUUAGCCCCAUGCAUGAUGGGCUGAUGAGAACAUUUUGUCCCAGCGGCCAUGAAGAUGUCUGAUGCAAGUGUUGUAGAGCCCUUCAAUCUUGACAACAACGAUGUCAAGAUAAUGCAUGGCACCCCAGGCCAUUGCCAGUCACCUUGUCUUGUUUUUUGUCAUUGAAGUUUGAUGACUAGAAGAGAGUAAUCAACAAAGAUGAUGACUUUGCCUCACUUAAAUCCAUUUCACACUGGAGUCAAGACAUCGUCCUAUGAUGUCACUGGUUCUCUUUGAAAAUAAAGGAUAAACAAUAGCGCCAGUUGCCAGGUCAUAUUGAUUCUACCUUCACAAUGUAUCCAUCUUUUUUUCCAUUUCCUUAAUAACUAUGCUCCAAUCAAACUGUUUAAUUGACUUCACGAAUUUAUUGAUGUUUGUGUCCUCCUAAUGUACUUUCUCAUAAACUUAUUGAUGUUCCAUAUCCUUCUAAUUUCUUAGCUUUUAAAAAAUUAUUAUUUUCAUCCCAAACUUGACAAAUGCUAGCAGACAUGAACAUUUCACUAUGCAAAGAACAGAAAACAGGAUUGCAUAUGAAAUCAUAAACCUUUUUUAUAUCCCACUUGUUUCCUUUUUUAAAGUAUAUGAUAUAUCCAAAUGUUAAAAUCUAUCUUGCUUAUUACUGUCUUCUUUUGAAGAUUCAUCUUUCUCUUCAUUGAUUCUAUUUAUUUUUUUUGCUAUCACUGUAACUAGCUUUCUCUCUAUUUCAAAUAUAAAUAUAAAUCUUUCCCUCCUCAAAAAAAUUCUGUCAAUCCUUUCAAAACAGAUUCACACACAGACUAUAUUACAAAGUAAUCUGUAUGUCAUUUUGUUCUUUUAGUUCAUCACUUUUCUUUUAGAAAGUAGGAGACAUACUUCAUUACUGUAUGGAGUUGUGGUUAUUGUAUUGCUCAGAGUUCUUAAGGCUUUCAAAGUCGUUUUUCUUUAGGAUAGUAUAGUAACAUAAAUUGUUCCGGUUUUGCUCAUUUCAUUCUGUAGCAGUUCAUAUGACUCUUCCCGAUUUCUCUGAACUUAUUCUUUUUGUUAUUUGUUUUGAUACAAUUAUAUCCUUAAACCAGAAUUUGUUCAUCUAUUCCCCCUUAGUUCAUCACAUCCCCUUAGUUUCCACUUCUUUACUAUAACAAAAAUUGCUGCUAUAAAUAGGGAUCCCUUCCUAUAUUUAAUGUUUUUGAAGCAUAUGACUAAUAGUGAUACCAUCGGGUCAAAGGAAGUUUAAUUGAAGUAUAAUUCCAAAUUGCUUUCAAACUCUGUCUCAGGACUUUCAUAUAACCUGCUCCUGUAACCAGAAAUGCCCUGCUUCCCCAAUCCAUUUUCUAGAAACCUCUUUUUUUCUCCAGGGGUCAGUUAUGGGACCAUCAUUUACAUAAAAUCUAUUUUAAUGUUUUCUCUCCUUCCUCACCCCCUUGGUUUUUGAUGCUCUUCCUUUUUUUUUUUUUUUUUUUUUUUGGUUUACCUUAUAUAUAGAUAUAUGUGUGUGUGUGAGUGUGUGUGUGUGUAUUUGUGUGUAUAUAUAAAUGUUACAUGUUUAUAGGAAAAUAUAAUAAGCUUGCAGGCAGGAUGUUUUAUGCCUUUAUCCUCAGUAUUUAAUAUAAUGCCUUGUACAUAUUAGGUGUUUAAUAAAUGUUUAUUGAUUUGAA